AUGGCUUCUUCUCGUGCAUCGGGAAAUGUUGCUUUACUAGGAUUGGUCUCUGGCAGCUAUAGGUUGUCCCUCGUUGCUACAGAUAUUUUGCUAACUCGGGCAAAUCUUGAAACCACGGUUCAUAUUGUUUAUAUGGGAGAAAAGCAGCGUGAUGAUGUAGAUCUUAUUACAACUAGCCAUCAUGAUUUGCUCUCUUCAGUGCUGGGAAGUAGAGAAGCAUCAGCCGAGUCCAUGAUAUACAGUUACAGACAUGGUUUCUCAGGUUUCGCAGCUAAGUUAACUGAGUCUCAAGCACAAAGUAUUGCAGAAUUGCCUGGUGUGGUUCAAGUUAUCCCGAAUCGUUUCUAUAAGGUACAAACAACAAGGAGUUGGGAUUACCUUGGCCUCUCCUCUUCCUCCCCCUCGAAUCUCCUACACGAAACAAAACUAGGGGAAGAUGUCAUAAUCGGUGUCUUGGAUACAGGAGUAUGGCCAGAAUCGGAAUCUUUCAACGACGAAGGUAUACGACCGAUUCCAUCAAGGUGGAAAGGUUUUUGUCAAAAGGGUGAACGCUUUGAUCCAGCGAAGAACUGCAAUAGGAAAUUAAUUGGAGCUCGUUUCUUCAUUGAUGGCCUUCAAGCAGCACUUGGAGAACUAUUCAAUUCAUCGAACGAGUACUUAUCAGCAAGAGAUCAUGAAGGACAUGGCACACACACGGCCAGUACUGCAGGCGGCUCAUUCGUGCAUAAUGUGACUGUCGGAGGACUUGCAUAUGGCACCGCUCGUGGGGGGAUGCCUCAUGCUCGUCUGGCCAUAUAUAAAGUUGUUUGGAACGGAUUAGGAACGGCUGCUGACAUUCUUAAAGCAUUUGACGAAGCAAUUCAUGACGGGGUUGACGUUUUGUCGUUGUCACUAGGCUUGGCAGGAAAUUCAGGUCCAGUUGCUCAAACGGUAUUGAAUGUGGCACCCUGGGUUAUAACUGUUGGUGCUAGUACUAUUGACAGAUCAUUUCCCACACCUAUCAUACUAGGAAACAACAGGACCUUGAUGGGUCAAGCAAUGUUCUUCGGAAAAAACACCGGGUUUGUUGGGUUGAUUUACAAAGAGAGGGCAGUAUUUGAAUUGCCACACCGUUGUGAAUCACUGUCGUCGAACGAUAUUUGGGUGGCUGGAAAGGUAGUGUUGUGCUUCACAUUAAAUGGUCAGGGGCUAUCCUCAACUUUAUCAGAUGUUUUCAAGGCUGGGGGCUUGGGAAUGAUUGUCGCCAGCAAUCCUACUCGAUACCUAUCUGAAUUUGCAGGCAUGCCAUUCAUUUUCGUAAAUUAUAAUGUUGGAACGCAAAUACUCAACUACAUCCGCUCGAACAGGGAUCCAAAGGUUCGGCUUACACCAUCAAAAACAUAUAUAGGCAAACAUGCACCAACCUACGUGUCAUCUUUCUCGUCCAGAGGUCCAAAUUCUCUUAGCCCUGCAAUCCUUAAGCCAGACGUAGUGGCUCCAGGAGCUGAUAUAUUGGCAGCAUAUACUCCAGGGCAAGGUGCAGAAAAUGGGUAUAAGUUUUCAACUGGAACGUCCAUGGCUGCCCCUCAUGUUUCAGGGAUUGUUGCUUUGCUUAAGUCUUUACAUCCAGACUGGUCUCCAGCUGCUAUAAAGUCAGCACUAGUUACGACAGCCUGGAGAACAGAUCCUUAUUCAGGAGAACCAAUUUUGGCAGAUGGAGACGUUACCAGGAUUGCUGAUCCAUUUGAUUUUGGAGGUGGACUUGUUAAUCCAAACAGGGCAAGAGAUCCAGGCCUCGUGUAUGACCUGGGAAUUGAAGAUUACACACAUUAUCUCUGUUCCAUGGGUUAUGACGAAAUUGCGAUCAAUCACCUUACACAAAAAGCUAAAUCUUGUCCAAGAAGAACUACUUCUGUUCUGGAUUUGAAUCUUCCUUCCAUAACUAUUCCCAAUCUGAACAAUCCAGUUAAUCUCACGAGAACUGUCACAAAUGUUGGAGCCAUUAGUUCUGAAUAUAAAGCUAUAAUCAAACCUCCUCCAGGGGUUAAUGUAGUGGUUAAACCUGAUUAUUUGAUCUUCAGUCCUAAGAUUAAGAAGAUUUCCUUCACUGUUACUAUCUCUACAAGUCACCAUGUCACCACUAAAUAUUACUUUGGGAGCUUGACCUGGACUGAUGGUGUGCAUAAAGUAAGAAUUCCUUUAUCAGUCAGAAGCAAAUUUUCGGAACUUGUUUGGUGA